AUGGCCAACACCGAUAUCACGACUGUUAUCAGCGAAGAGCUCGCCCCCGCGCUGGGUCCUUACUCCCACGCGGUCAAGGCUGGUGGCUUCGCGUUCUUGUCAGGCAACAUUCCUGUUGACGCGACUGGCCAGGUCGUGCCAGGUGGGGCCACCGAGCAGACCGAGCAAGUGUGUCAGAAUAUGAUGUCAGUUCUGAAGGCUGUUGGGACCGAAGUUGGUCGGGUUGUCAAGGUCAACAUCUUUCUCGCUGAUAUGGGAGACUUUGGGGCCGUGAAUGAGGUUUAUGCCAAGUAUUUUGUGCACAAGCCAGCCCGAAGCUGCGUUGCUGUGAAGGAAUUGCCCAAAAAGGUGUUGGUGGAGGUUGAGUGUAUCGCGGCUCUGUGA